AUGGAGGUCGUGUUUGCGUUAGGCUCAAAUGGCUCUGGUCAGUUGGGCAUUGGCCACAAAGAAGACGUUUCAGUGCCGAAGCAGGUCCUCUUCCAUCCUGACCCUCCAACCUCCUCCAUUACAAGAGUCGCAGCGGGUGGGAACCAUACGUUACUUCUCACAAAAACUGGCCAACUUUACUGGAGCGGUGAUCCCACGCCUGGUGCAUGUGGAUUGAACACUGGUCCAGAUGCAGCCGUGUUUCGAGAGAUUCAGCUUACCAAGAAUGGAGAAUCUCCAGUUGGUGAGAUUGCCUUGAUCACAGCAACGUGGGAGGCUUCUAUCCUUGUGGCUAAAGAUGCAGAUGGAAAGAAGACUCGAGUUUUUAGUCUCGGGGCGGGAUUGAAAGGCGAACUAGGUCUGGGAGAACUCAUCGUUCGAACACCAUCAGCAACCCAAAUUCGAGAAUUCCCACCUCCGGGAACAGAAGUUGUGGACGUCGCUGCUUGUAUGGGACAUGUCGUUGCAGUUCUUGACAAUGGUGAUGCUUACGGUUGGGGUAAUGCGAGAAAAUCCCAAGCUGGUGAGCCAGGUCAAGUCCUUUAUGCUCCUAGAAAGAUUGAGGCCAUCGACUUCAAGAUCACAAGAGCUGUCUGUGGCAGAGAAUUCACAUGUCUAUUCGGCGACCCACAAAGCGGACACAUCAAGGUUCUGGGUUCAGACAAAUGGAAUAUUCAAUCAGGUGCACCAAAGACAUGUCCUGAGUGGAAGGACGUGGGUUCAAGCUGGGGAAAUCUCUAUGUACUGGGAAAGGACGGCUCUCUACAAGCCUGGGGACGAGAUGAUCACGGACAACUACCUCCACCGAAUCUACCCGAGCUAAGCAAGAUUGCAAUCGGCAGCGAACAUGUUGUAGCUCUCUCUACCGCAGGCGAUGUUCUAUCAUGGGGAUGGGGUGAACAUGGCAACUGUGGACCUCAAGUUGAUAACAACGAUGUCAAAGGCCGGUGGAAUACCAUUGCUUCAUCUAAAUUCAUUCCCCUGGGCUCUAAAAUAGGAGAAGUCGGGGCAGGGUGUGCCACCAGUUGGGUUUUCAUUACAGCUGAGUGA